AUGCACCACUCAACAACGACGACCUUCCGCUGCAUAGCACGCACAGCCUCCCAACAACAAUGUCAACGGAAUGUAGUGGCACGGUGUAGCAUCCCAUCACAAACGAGAGCAUUCGGAGCGUCCGUUCGUGUUGCGAGUCCAGCCGCAACCGCAACCUCCUCUCCACCCUCCUCCACCUCUGACUCCACCCCUACCAACUCCACCUCCGAAACCGCGCCCUACGUCGGCCCCCUCGAACCCUCCUCCUGCCCCCCCGGCACCGUCAUGAAAGGACUCAACAUAUUCGCAGGCAAAGCGGACCCCGUGGCGUUACCGGACAACGAGUACCCCGCGUGGGUGUGGAGGCUGCUGGACCCGCCGAAGAAGGAGUGGACGGAGGAGGAGAAAUUGAGUAUGGAUUAUUUGAGGGUGGUGACGAAGAUGAAGAUUAAGGCGAAUUCUUUGGCGAAGAGGAGUAAAUAA